CUACAGCCGAAGCAGCAGGCUCUGUUUCAGACGGCCACACACACACGGCAGAAGCUUUACCUCCCGGCUUCUCGGUGCUCUGCAGCGGCGAGCAGGCUGCAGAGUGUGUUUCACCCAAAUCAGCAGCGUAUAUUAUUAGCCGAAUGCAAUAUCAAGCACUUUUGCAUAGGCCUACACUUGGCCUACCAUUUAAGCAUCUUCAUUUAUGUACAUAUAAAUAGAACAGCUCUGUCCACUGGACACAUUUUUUUGCCUGACUGCUUUGACUGCUCUGCACACAGUGUCUAUUACAUAGCCUAUGCAUCAUAUUUCGGGCUGGUGAAGGUAUAUAAGCCGGAGAGCGUCGCCCGGAGCGCCACUGCAGUCAGCAGAUUCAUCUGAGCGAAUCCUCUCUAGUCUUUAGAGAAAACCCCAAGGUGAAAAAAUGGCAUUCGCCGGAAUCUUGAACGACGCUGAUAUCACUGCAGCCCUCGCGGCCUACCAAGCUGCCGACUCCUUCAACCACAAGGACUUCUUCGUGAAGGUCGGCCUGACUGGCAAGUCCGCUGAUGACGUCAAGAAAGCCUUCGCAGUCAUUGAUCAGGACAAGAGUGGCUUCAUUGAGGAGGAUGAGCUGAAGCUGUUCCUGCAGAACUUCUCCGCCGGCGCCAGAGCUCUGACCGACGCUGAGACCAAGGCUUUCCUCAAGGCCGGUGACUCUGACGGUGACGGCAAGAUCGGAGUUGAUGAGUUCGCUGCCCUGGUCAAGGGUUAAAUGGAUACGCUGACCAACAACUGACUUCAUUACUCCAAAGGAACAACUUGAGCCAAGUCACACUCCUCCUCCUCCUCCUCCUCCUCUCUGCUUCUCCUCUUCCCUCUCACUCUUUCCUCCUUCAGCUCUCCACCUCACUUUUAUACACUGGACUUCCCCACCCCGACUAUGGACAGAACCCCUCUCUCUCGCUCUCUCUCUCUCUCUCUCUCUGACUCUGCUCACCCCAAAGCUGCCCACCAUGAAUGUACCUGACUAAAUGUAUGGCGCGGUUGACUUGUGUCUUUCUCUCUCUCUCUCUCUCUCACUUCUGUCGUCGUUUUACUAUGUGAGUUUUGCUUACGAUGAGAUCAGUAACGAUGCAUUUUUCUGGGAAACGGACGGACGAUGAGAAAAAAAUAAAAGGUUCU